CUUCCCAAGUCCCUCCCGCUGCGCUCAAUACCUGGAUCAAACAAAGAAAAUUGUGUUUGCCAGGCUCGCCAGCCGAAGUCACAAGAUUCCGAGUGCCAUGCAGCACUCUGAAAUUCCUACGAAAACGCAUCAGAAGGGGCACGCUGCCCGCCCUGCGGAAGCGGCCGUGCAUCGGACCUUUCAGAUAAAAGCAUUUAGUACAGAGUUGAAACACCAUGUCAUGGUCAUGGAUUUUGUGAAGAGGAACUGGUUCCCCUCGCAGAGAAGAGCCAAAGUUUGCGUCAUCCGUAUGUAUCAAGGCCUGAAGACGGCUGAGCAGACAGCCAGCAGAUAUGAGAUCCACAGCCGGCUCUUCUCAUCCCCCAGAGAUCAUUCUGCUUGGGAAAGAAGCGAAGGCCUUUCACACCAGGAGACUCUGGCAUCGCGAAACACAAAAAUGAUAUCAUCCAUAGUCAUUUCACAGCUGAUUGAUGAGAAUAAAUCAAAGGCAAACCGGGACGCGCUGCCUGCGCCCUGCACACUUGCCCUGCACGCGCAUCCUGCGCAGCCGCCUCGGGCGACCCGCAGCGGGGUCUCCAUCAGCCGGGCAUUCGCCCUCCUUCCCGGCCGGCUGGGCAUCCAGACCCCCGCAGAGGAGCCAGCCCCUGACACGGAGCGGCCGUCCAGUGAGGAGACGACAUGCAGUGGCCCCCAAAGGGGCUUUGCGUCCAUCACCAUCACGACCAGGCGCGUGGGCCCCCCAGCCGGUGCCCUGGCGUGGGAGGCCAUGGGGGACCCUCUGUGCCCCAGGUGCACGGCCCAGGGCGCUCUGCUCAGGGACCCCUCGGCUCCGGCCGUGGGUGCCCAUCCCCGUUGGCACCAUCGGCCAUUCGCCUACACAGAGGUCUCCAGAAACUUCUCUGUGGUGAGGCUGCAGCCUCCGGAGACCCAUCCCCGGCUGUGCGAGGGUCACGAGUGCUGGGUCACCUGUGCGGACAGCUCAGAGAACAGUUUUCCUCCAGGGGCCCCGCCGUCCGGCAGGAGGCCGCUGGUGUUCAGCUCCUGCGUCCACCUCAGGGUGUCUCAGCAGUGCCCGAAUGCCAUUUACUAUCUAGACCGGUCCCUCUCGGUCCCCGUGGAGCAGCCUCAACUCGCUGGCCCUAAAAUGCACAGGUCGGUCCUGUCGCUGCACCUAAACUGCAGUUCGCACAGACUGACACCAGAUGGAGUAGACAGCACGGCGAACGGAGGGUCCGGGAGCAGAGCCUUGAAGCCGGGGCUCAGCCAGGGAGACCAGAGCCUCCGAGGCCCCCGCUGGAGCCCAGGUUUGCACGACGGCCUCGUGAAGGAAAACCCACCUCUGGAGCAGGUGCGUUCAGGGCCCGGCGCCUGUCCUUGGAGUGGCUCGCCUCUGUUGGAAAAUACGGACUCCUCGGAUGUGGGGGCUCACCAGGUCACUGUAAGACAAGGGACAGAGGACUGUGCAGCUCGACCCACCAGUGAUGGUCCCAACCAGCUGUCCAUUCACAUUCCUGGCUGGAGCUACAGAGCAGUAGAAACAAACGUAUUUUCUGGAAGCAGCAAGAAGCCACGAGGAGAAGCACGUCCGGCCUUGUCUGCUCCCCCGUUGGAACAGAAGCUGGUUAAAGAGUUCCUUCCUGAGGGGCGUAGCCCUCCAAGCAACACCUGUCAAUCUAGCAGCUUCUCUGAGCCCUCAGAGAGUCGACAGCAAAGCUUCCCAAAACCCAGAAUCCCUUUACCUGGAUUUUUUUGCCCCUUACAAGAUUUACGCACCUCUCCACGGGAAGACAAUGGUGUUCAGGUAGAAAGAGAGUUCCCCACAGGAGAUUACAAAUGCUGCGACUUGGUGUUAAAAAUAGAAGAAUGCAGGAAGAGGGAGAGGCCUGAGCCAACGCCCCCUGAGCCAGUGCCCCCUGAGCGACCAGAGACCUCUGACCUGUCGGAAGACUGUUCUGAGUAUCAGCAAACACCCGCAGGCUCCUUGACCUUGCAGGAGGCGCUGGAGGUCCGUAAGCCCCAGUUCAUUUCACGCUCACAAGAGCGGCUCAAGAAGUUGGAACACAUGAUCCAGCAGAGAAAAGCCCAGCAGAAGGAGAACCUAGGGCAGAAGCAGAGUCCCUUUCCCGUCCGCGCCAGCAAGAAGCAGUUUACGGUUCCUCACCCUCUUAGUGAUAACUUGUUUAAACCCAAAGAAAGGUACAUUUCAGAGAAGGAGAUGCACUUGCGAUCGAAAAGAAUCUAUAAUAACUUGCCGGAAGUUAAAAGGAAAAAAGAAGAACAAAAGAAAAGAGUGAUCUUACAGAGUAACAGGCUCCGUGCCGAAGUCUUCAAAAAGCAAUUACUGGACCAGCUCCUUCAAAGGAACGCAGUCUGAACACACCGGCCGCCUGCCGACCCCCUGCCUGGACCUGGGCGGCUUCAAACACUGGAUCGAUCAUUAAACGUAGCAUCAUCUUCGUGA